AUGAAAUUUGUAAUUAGAACAAAUAAUUAGUUUGAAAGUCAUUCAAUAGAUGGAAUUCAGGUAAGAACACCAAAAAACGUUAUGGUAUCUGGAGAAUUUAUGGAAAAGGUGAUUGAGUCUUUGAAAAAAUAGCAAAAUGCAAUGUACAUUAUUUAAGUUACUUUUAGGUUGGAACAUGUUAAAGGAAAGGGAAGGCUAUUUUCAUUAUUAUGUCCAGCCCUUGGAUGGUUAAAACAUAGAGAAGAAAAUUCAACAAAAUAAGAAAAAUUAGAAAAAAUUAGAAUUGUUUAUGCUUAUUAUUCCAAAUUCGAUCAGCAAUAUUUAGAAGAGUAAUUAAGAAAAAUUGAUUAUCAACCUAAGAUUUCUUAGAUUAAUCAAUAGGAUAACAUCUAAAUUAACGAUGAGGAUGACCUAAUUCUUAUAGAUUAAUAAAGUUUGUUAAAUUCUGAUUUAACUGCUUUUCAAAAUUCAAUACUCAUUAUUGAUGAUGCUCAUUAGCCGCAGGAUAAUAAUAAACUUCUUGGUUAGAUCGAAAAGAGUACUAUUUAAAAGGCAAUUAAUGAAUUGGUAGAAUUAUUCAAUGAUUUACAAAAGAUGAAUAAUCAGGAUUAAAAAUAAUUUUUGUAAGAAUAUGAGUUUGAAACCAUAAAAAUAUUUCAACAGAGACUGUUAGUCUUAAACAAAAAAUUUGAUAAUUGUGAGAAUAUCAGGUUUUCUGACCAUCCAAUUUUUUAAUUUAUUUAAGACUUUAUAAGCAUAUAUGAUAAGAACAUGAUGUAUAGCCAAAUUUAAGUUUAGAAAAAUUAUUUAAUUUGUUCUAAACUUGCAAAAUUAUCACAAUUAAAAGCAUUUGCUGAUUUUUUCAAAUUCUUAUAAGUAGCUGUGAUAUGUUACUAAGAGAAAAAAUAUAAAUAUCCUAAUUACGAAUUUAAAGUAGUUGUCGAUUAAAUUAAUAAGCAAGAUAAAAUUGAAAUUAAUGUGAAAUAUUAUUUAACCCAUCUUCAGAGCCGACUUGAAAAAUUAUAAUUUUAAUCUGUUAUACUAUCAUCUGAUUUUAUUUAACCGAAAUAUUUACCAAAUUUUCACAUCUAUCAUACAUUUGACAAAAGAGAAUAUUUUUAAACAGUUUUAUUGUAAAUAAAAUGGGCAAGUAAUCUAUAUGAUAAUCUGCUUAUGAAUCUUGAGAGAUUUGUAAAAAGUAUACCAAAUGGAAUUUUGGUUAUUUUUUCUAGUUUUACUUCAGUUUAGCAGUUUAGACAACAUUGUUUAGAAUAAUAACCGAAUUUUUUUGGGGUUAUUGAAAAAUAUAAAAAGUUGUUUUGGGGACUUGAUUAAAAAAAAAAUGAAAUAGUAGAUUAUAUUAAAUGUUCAGAGAAAGGAGCCAUUUUAUUUGAAUCUUAUGAAAAAAUCUUUAAUAAAAAUUAUCAUUUUCCAGGUCACCUUUGUAAAGGUUUAAUCAUUGCUUAAUUGAGAGCUCUCAGUCAGAAUUGUCCUGAUUACUCAUUGCAUUGCGAAGAUGAUAUAACCUAUAAACACUGGAACUUUGAUAAAAUAUUAGAAAGAACUUUACUUUAUGAAAAUGACAAAGGGUAUUAUUUGUAUUUAUUAUAGAGUUUUAAUAAUAUUCAGUUUAUAAAAACAAAUUGAAUUUUGGUAUUCAUGUUUGAAAAAUUAAUUCAGAUUCGAAUAUGACGAAAAUUAAAUCACUGAGUGGUUUAAGAAUGAUUAGAAUUCUUAAAAUGAUGAUAUGUUAAUAGAAUGGUAUUAUCCUUAAAGGGAAUAAACUAAAACUAAAAUAUAAAAAUAAUAAAAAAAGAGAACAAAUUAGCAAGAUUAGGAAUAGGAUGAAAUUGUACAGAUGUCAGAACAUUCAUAAAAAAUCAAAAAGGUAACCAAAAAAUAAAAUUAAAGAUAAUCGUAAGGAUACUCCAAAAAUAAAAAAAGUAAAAGAUAAAUCAAAUCUAAUGAGCAAUAAGAAUAAUAAGAAAUAGAAGAGGAAGAGUAGGAAAAUUUUAUAUAAUAGAAGAAAGAAGAAACAGAAAAGAAAUAGAAAAAUAAAAAUCCAAAGAAGAAUAAAGAAGAAUAAUCAAAAGUUAAAAAAUAGUCAACUUUGGAGAAAUUUAUAAAUAAAGUUCAGAGUGCUAAAAAAAAUACUGACAAAGAUGAUUAAGAUAGUAAUAAAUCUAGUUGA